UCUAGCAAUGGCCGACAAUUUCUCCUUUUGUCUCAUUGGAGCCAUGGAUCUUCUUUGGUUUCACCAAAUUAUUCUGUUCCCAGAAUCCCUUUCACUGUAUUUCCCUAUAACCCUUAAACCACUGCACCCCUACUCAGAAUCUACUACUACAAGCCCAUCAUCAAGCCUAUCAUCUCUUGCAGAAGAUAUCUCAACGGCUGUUUGUCCUCUACCUGACGAAGAAAACUUAUCAAGUUCAUCUCCAUUAACUCCACUGGGUGAUUCAAAAAAUGAGGAAGAAGUGAAGAGCAGACCAAAAAGAGUGAGUCUCAGCUCAAGUAGAAGUCGUUCACAUUCUUCAUCACCAUCUUCUCAAAAACGUCAGAGGAAUCACGGACACUCAACUUCAUGUUCACUUGGGGGUAAACUGCAAAAACCCAUGAGUUGUAGGAGCUUGAAAGAUUUGGAACUAGAAGAAGUAAAAGGGUUCAUGGGUCUUGGUUUUAUAUUCAAGAAAGAACACUUAAACGCUAGAAUGAUUAGUGUUGUUCCUGGCUUGCUCAGACUUGGAUUUUUCAGAACUAAACAGAAAACUGAUGAACUGAAUCUUGCUGCUAAUGAACUACCUAAAGAUGAUGAUAUUGAACAAGAAGAGGAGAGAUGUGUUAUUAGACCAUAUUUAUCAGAGGCUUGGCUGAUUAAAAGACCUGAUUCUCCAUUGGUGAAUCUAAGAGUACCAAGGGUCUCUGCUACUGCUGAUAUGAAGAAACAUCUCAAGUUUUGGGCUCGAACUGUUGCAUCUGUAGUUCAGUAGGAACGCUAAAAUUAAGUAAAAUAUUGUCAAAUUUUCCAGAGAAAGGAGCCUGUCAAAUCUAGCCGCAACUGUAAAAAAAGGUUUGUAAUAAAUAGUAUACUAUAAAUAAAGAUGAGCCAAAUGCACUUUUUGUUACCUUUUCAACUACUUGUGUUUAAGGUAAAUGAAAUAUUGGAACAUCUUUUUCAUUUGUUAUAUUAAGUCAUCCGAAUUUGCUGAAGAGAUAAGGCAAACAAAAAGGAAGAUGAUCAGGACGGUCCCACCAUGUUGCGGGUUGAGACAGAAUAACAAAAAGAUGGCUUCUAACAGCAACCAGGAGCCCCAUUUACACUGUUCCAUCCUCAGUUUUGUCUUCAUUUG